UUCUUCCUGGAUACAGUUCGUCUGUUUGGAUUACCUCGGGGCCCGGGGAGAUGUGUUUUGGAAGAAAGAAAUCACCACUGUUUGAAUAAACUGAACGACAAUACCUGUCACCAUGAGUUGGAUCCCCUUCAAAAUCGGACAACCGAAGAAGCAAAUUGUUUCUAAAACGGUUGAAAGAGACUUUGAGAGGGAAUAUGACAAGCUGCAAAAGCUGGAGGAGCAGACCAAGAAGCUGCACAAGGACAUGAAGAAGAGCACAGAGGCUGAUACAGCCAUGUCCAAGGCGGCGGUGAAGAUCUCUGGUGACCUGCUGAGUAACCCUCUGUGUGAGCAGGACCCGUCCUUCCUGGAGUUCAUGACGGCCCUGGACACCGCCAUGAAGAGGAUGGACGCAUUCAACCAGGAGAAGGUGAACCAGAUCCAGAAGACGGUGAUUGACCCGCUGAAGAAGUACAGCAGUGUGUUCCCUAGUCUGAACAUGGCGGUGAAGAGGCGAGAGCAGGCACUGCAGGACUACAAGAGGCUGCAGGCCAAAGUGGAGAAGUACGAGGAGAAGGAGAAGACCGGGCCCAUCAUGGUCAAACUCCACCAGGCUCGUGAGGAGUUGCGGCCGGUGCGCGAGGACUUUGAGGGCAAGAACAAGCAGCUGCUGGACGAGAUGCCCAAGUUCUACCACAGCCGCAUAGACUACUUUCAGCCCAGCUUCGAGGCACUCAUACGGGCACAGGUGGUGUAUUUCACGGAGAUGCAUAAGAUCUUCAGUGACCUGACGGAUCAGAUCGACCAGGCCGGUCUGACGGAUGAGCAGAGGGAGCGGGAGAACGAGAGCAAGCUCAACGAGCUGCGCGCACUCUCCAUCGUCGCCGACGACUGAGGAGAGGAGAGGAGAGGAGUGGAGUGGGGGAAAAUCUCAACAUGCAGCAUGAGUGGCAUGCAUCUACACUUGGUCUUGCUAAUGUCCUUAUAUGCUUCCCCUCUGCCCUCUGUCUAGAUCUCUCUCUCUCUCUCUCUCUCUCUCUCUCUCUCACUCUCACUCUCACUCUCACACACACACACACACACACACACACACACACACACACACACACACACACACACACACACACACACACACACACACACACACACACACACCAUUGAAAAGGUUUGUUUGUUUUGGGGGGAAAUUCUCUUUUUUUACUUUUUCUUUUUCUUCAUUUUGAAUGAAAAAUGUGACCGUUGUGGUCAUUGCCUACUGGCAUGGACAGCCUAGACAUGGUUUAGAGAUUUAGACACUGUAUUUUAAGUGUAUAUUUAUUUAUUUUCAGUGUGUUUUUUUCAUUAGUGGUACCCUCUUUAAUUUGUUAACUUGUAGAAAACAGUAAUUAGCAUUUGAAGGCGAAAAAGCCACCCUUUAAAGCCAUCUCUAACAAUGAUGAUGUUGGCUCGCCGCCAGCGCUGGAAAAGACUUGAUUUUUUUUUCUUUUUAUACCCAAUCUCACGCGCUGGAAAUGUGCUGAAGUGGUCACCCACUCAUUCUCGAGCUUCCAGCGCUCGUCGCUCGCUCGCUCGCGUCGUGUGCUUCUCCCUAUUGUCCAUCAUCCGUGAAAGCUUCUCGACUCGAACACGGUGCUUUGGCGUCCACAUCUCACGGAGAGGAGGAGGAGGAGGAGGAGGGAGGGGAGAGGGGGGAAAAAGCAGGCCUCGUCGAAAGACUGCAAUCGGCGUUUAAUGGCAAGUCACUUCUAUUAUGUACUUUAUGUGAAGUGAGUCCUCUAAUGGGUUUGUGUGUGUAGGCUUCCACCAGGUUUGCCAUUGGUUGUCGGAGAGGAGAAAAAAAGUUCACCUUCAAUUCCAAAGGCUAAAUUUGACCUGCGCUUAUUUUUAAUCUUUCACUCUGCUUCACGAUUGUUCUGCGUCAGCCAUUCUAAUUUAACAACAUUUGUUUCAAGAAAUGCGAUGAAACACUAUAUUGAUGAAUUAUAUACAUAUUUGAAAUAACCAAACUGUUAUUUUACAUAACUUGUCUCCACAAUAUCUAAAUCAAAACAAUAGCCUUUAGGAUGUUGAUAAUUACGUAGCUAAGUCAAAGAGGGUCAGCGGUGGCUGAAGGUUAUUCAUUAAACUCUAUGAAGCCGCCAGUUGUGUGGAGUUUAUAAUUUCCAAUACCCUACUCACACUUUGUGGCCCACAAAGAUAUUACCCAUCGGAGCCUAGACGGUGCUACAGAAUGUGUCUCGUGCCCUUUCAACAGGCUCAGCAGCAGCGGCCUGCAUGUCACAUUCUCUAAAGCAAUACUGCAUCGCCCUCUAGCGGUAGACUUUUUUAACUGCAACUCACUCAUACAGUAGGAUUGUGUCAGUGCUGUGUUGAGGUUUUGAUAUUUUUUUGUGUGUUCUUCGGUCUCAUUUUCCGACAAGUGGGACUGUUUACUACUAGAUUGUGAACUAACGUUGUGUUAAACACAGCCAUAGUAAGUCAUAUUAAAGUGCCAGCGAAGGCCCUUUUGGUCAAUUGGACAAAUCACAGCUAUUGCGUCAAAUACCCUCUUAUAAAUGUUGCCUAUGAAAUGUAACCAUUGAAAGUCUCUAAUGUGAAUCACUGUAUGAAGGAGAAAAAAAAAAGAAAUGCGUUAAGAUGAAGGAUUAUCCUUGCUCGACCAUGGGAAUCGGUUGACUGUUGAAAUGUUUUAAGGGAAUUGUACUCUGAGAAUAUGUGCCUUCAAUGUUGUGUUGUGGCAGUUGAAGAGGUGGAUGUAUCUCUAUUCUAGUACAAUCAUUGUUUUUGCUUACAAUGCUCUACUCAAUCUUCUAUUCACUCGUGCUUCAUGUUUGAUCUGUUGACAAACGCAAUCAUCUCAAUGACAUCAUUGAUCUGUUGGAUGUAUUAAUGCAUUGAUCUGUGGGUGUAGUGUAUUAUAUGUGUGGUCAUUUGUUGACAAACUACAUCAUUCCAUUCAAAUAACUGGGAAACUGGAAUUUUAUUGCCAUAAUUGUUAACUUAUCCUGAAUCAGCUUUUUUCAUGUAAGAUGUUUUUGUGGUUAACUGUAUGGGGAGGGACUAACUGUGUGUAUUUGUAUUAAAAAGAGUACAUUUUAACUC